AUGCUCUAUCCAGCUAGCCCAGAAGCUGCGACCCGCUUUCUCAAGUUUGUCAACGCGUCUCCAACCCCGUUCCAUGCAGUUCACAACGCUGCAGCUCGUCUAGAGCAGGCUGGAUUCCAGAAAAUCAAAGAAAAAGAUGAGUGGGAGAAGUCUGUUCAACCUGGGGGGAAAUAUUACUUUACCAGGAAUCAGGCUGCGUUAGUUGCAUUCACAUUGCCCCAGAAGUGGAGUCCAGGUGCAGGACUCAGCAUUGUUGCCACGCAUGUCGAUAGCCCAAACUUGAAGAUCCGUCCUAUCUCCAAACGCACCAAGUCUGCCUAUCUCCAAGUUGGAGUCGAAACAUAUGGAGGAGGCAUCUGGCAUUCGUGGCUUGAUCGCGACCUCUCCAUUGCAGGCAGAGUGGUCAUUGCUGAGAAGACAGGCAAUUUCACUUCCAAACUUGUCAAGGUCGACAGGCCAAUUAUGCGUAUCCCAACGCUGGCAAUUCAUUUGGACAGAACAGUGAAUGACAACUUCAAAUUCAAUCAGGAAACCGAAUUUGUUCCUAUCCUGGGAUUGAUUGAAUCUCAGCUAAACGCACCUGCUCUUAAAUCUGAUAGCGAUGACGACAAGGACGACAAGCAGUCACGAAAGGCCCCAAAAGCCGCCUCCAGCAUUCAAGAAAACCAUCACCCUGCCCUGUUGUCUCUGGUCGCAGGCGAAUUGUCUAUCGCACCAGAAGAGAUUCAUGACUUCGAAUUGUCUUUGUACGACACACAGCCUGCCGUUCUUGGAGGGAUAAACAAUGAAUUCAUCUUCAGUCCGCGUAUGGACAACCUUGUGUCUUCAUUCUGCGCAGUUGAAGCCAUCGCUGAUAGCAUUUCGGCCCAGUAUUUCCCUUCAUUGCAAGGCAAUGUCAACUGCAUCGCUCUCUUCAACCAUGAGGAAAUCGGCAGUGUGUCAAUCUCAGGCGCCGAAUCUAGUCUUAUCCCGUCACUUCUCAGCCGUCUUUCACCCACACCUGCUGCUUACGCGCAGUCUGUUUCUCGCUCGUUCCUCAUUUCUGCCGACAUGGGUCAUGCCCUUCAUCCCAAUUACACGUCAAAACAUGAAGAGAAGCACAGACCUCUGGUGAACGGUGGUAUUGCCAUUAAGACCAAUGCGAAACAGAGAUACGCUUCAGACGCGAUUUCAACUUUCAUUGUGAAGAAAUUGGUUGAGAGGAAAGGCGGAAAGGUCCAAGAAUUUGAAGUUCGCAACGAUAUGCCCUGUGGUUCAACAGUCGGGCCAAUGUUAUCGAAAAUUGGCAUCCGGACAGUCGACGUCGGCAACCCGAUGCUGUCCAUGCAUUCCAUUCGAGAAACAGCGGGUUCCCAUGAUGUCCAACACGCCAUUGAUCUCUUUAGUUCUUUCUUCGAAGGAUUCAGCGAACUUGACAACGCGCUCACCGUUGACUGA